CGCGCAGCGCCCCAUUGAAGUUCGUGUGGCAGCGCAAUAUUUUCUGGACCCCCAAAAAAGUUUAAGAAAUAAUAAUACACAAAUCUCACACACAAAUAAGAACAAAUAAAACAUAACAAGAAGUAGAAGAAGAUAAAGGGCCAUACAGUUAACUGAAAUUGCUAUCGACCGUAUUGUCCAACAAUUUGUUUAUUGACAUUUGCCGGUCAUUUGGGGAAAAGUUAUUUUGUGGAAUUUACAACGACAAGAGUCCAUCAUCAUUUCUUUGUGUGUGCAGUGAAGCGCGUCCUUUAUUUUUCGACACUCAUUCUUCCGCUUGCUUGCCUUCCAUUCCCCCUCUGACUGUUUGUGUGUGUGUCUGUGUGUGCGGGCGUUCCAGCGUUGCCCCAUCGUUGAGAAACCGACUCAGAACAGAAGGCAAUUAGCAAGGACAAAGCGUGCCAUGUUUAUUGCAGCAGCUGCAAGGAGCUGCACUGCUGCUUCAUGGCGUUUUCUGGUCGCCGGGCUUAUGGUCCUUUCGCUGUUGAGUCUAAACAACUUUAAUGUGGAAGCAGGUGCCGGCGGUUCAACCGGAUCUGGCGGACUGGGAAAUCAGGCGGUAUUCACCAGCUCGUUUCUAGUGCGUUUCCGUCGAAGUGUUGACAAUGACUUCGCUCACAAGGUGGCCGACAAAUAUGGCUUCGACAACUUGGGACCGCUGGUGGGCGCCGAUGGACAAGAGUAUCAUUUCAAGCAUCGGACUCUCCCACAUGCCCGCUCCCGGCGUAGUCUGUCGCACACGCGUGCCCUCAAGAGUCAUCCGGCGGUUAACACAGCAGUGCAACAACCGGGAUUUCGGCGCGUGAAGCGUGGUCUUCGACCUGCCCUCCCUUCCAUACAUGGCAUGCAGUUCGAAGGCAUUGCCAGUGAGCCCACCAAUCAGAUAAAUACAGAGCCAACAGAUCCUUAUUUUCCCAUGCAAUGGUAUCUCAAGAAUACUGGACAAAAUGGUGGCAAAGUGCGUUUGGAUCUGAAUGUGCAGGCUGCUUGGGCGCAGGGCAUUACGGGCAAGAAUGUGACAACAGCCAUUAUGGAUGAUGGAGUGGACUACAUGCAUCCGGAUUUACGAUUUAAUUAUAAUGCCGAGGCCAGCUAUGACUUUAGCAGUAAUGAUCCUUUUCCAUAUCCUCGAUACACGGAUGAUUGGUUUAAUAGUCAUGGAACUCGCUGUGCUGGCGAAGUAUCUGCUGCCAGAGAUAAUGGAAUUUGUGGCGUUGGCGUUGCUUAUGACAGCAAAAUCGCAGGCAUACGCAUGCUGGAUCAGCCUUAUAUGACGGACCUAAUCGAAGCCAACUCCAUGGGCCAUGAACCACACAAGAUUCACAUAUACAGUGCUUCGUGGGGUCCCACUGAUGAUGGCAAGACGGUGGAUGGUCCUCGAAAUGCCACCAUGCGCGCCAUUGUCCAGGGUGUCAAUGAGGGUCGCAACGGUCUGGGUAACAUCUAUGUUUGGGCAUCGGGCGAUGGUGGUGAGGAGGACGAUUGCAACUGCGAUGGCUAUGCCGCCUCCAUGUGGACCAUUUCCAUUAAUAGCGCUAUUAACGACGGUCAGAACGCACACUACGAUGAAAGCUGCAGCUCCACGCUGGCAUCGACAUUUAGCAAUGGUGCCAAGGAUCCCAAUACGGGCGUUGCCACCACCGACCUGUACGGCAAAUGCACGACCACGCACUCUGGCACCAGCGCUGCGGCGCCCGAAGCAGCAGGCGUCUUUGCUCUGGCCCUGGAGGCAAAUCCGCAAUUGACUUGGCGCGACAUCCAACAUCUCACAGUGUUGACGUCGAAACGUAAUUCGUUGUUUGAUGCCAAGAACCGUUUCCACUGGACAAUGAACGGCGUUGGCCUGGAGUUCAAUCACCUCUUUGGCUUCGGUGUUCUAGAUGCGGGUGCCAUGGUGACGUUGUCUAAGCAAUGGCAUGCAGUCCCACCACGCUAUCACUGUGAGGCAGGCGAAAUAACCGAUGCCCAGCCAAUUGUCAUGGGUCGUUCGUUGUUUUGGGAAAUCAAAACCGAUGCCUGCAAGGGAACCGAUACAGAAGUGAACUACUUGGAGCAUGUACAGGCUGUCAUCUCGGCGAAUGCUUCCAGACGAGGUGACCUCGAGCUCUUCCUUACUUCACCCAUGGGUACUAAGUCUAUGAUUCUGUCCCGACGUGCCAAUGAUGAUGAUCAUCGGGAUGGCUUUACCAAAUGGCCAUUUAUGACUACCCACUCUUGGGGCGAGUAUCCCCAGGGUACUUGGAAACUAGAGGCUCGUUUCAAUUCUCCCCAAACGCGUCAUGGACACUUGUUGGAAUGGUCUCUUGUUUUGCAUGGCACAAAGGAGGCACCCUAUCGCACACUUCAUCCCUCAUCGCCACACUCAAAGCUGGCCAUUGUGAAGAAGGCCCACGAGGAUAAGAAGAUGAAGUAGAUUGUAAAAUCUAGUCCUUCAAAUAGUCACCAGCAGCCAGAGAAGAGAGAGAGAAGACAUUAGCUGACGUCCAUUUUAAAUUGCGGUGCGAUGUGUGUGAGACAGAAUUCCGCUGGCUGUGUUUCGAGAUGAAAAUUUUGCUUGAAUUUCCAUUCUCUUUCGUGUCAGUUUUUUCAAUAAAUUAAUUAAAUCGGUUUUCUUAUUAUUCGAACUUAAAGUUCAUUUCAAAAUUUGUUUUUUCGUUACUUUCCUAGUCUUUGGAUCUAGCUAAGCGCACAUUCACUUAUAUAGAGAGAGAAAAGAAUAAAAACCGAUCUAUCGCCUGCACUA